ACCCAGCGCGCCUCACGUUGCAUGGGUCCCCGGUUAUUGAUAACACAAUUUACCCGCUGGGAUCUAUCCCAGUAACGUGAAACUCGUGGAUAUCGGCGCUGGAAAUACUAGAGACACCCCGGACCGAAUAAAAAAACAACGAUCUGCUCAUUAUCGCCGGCAAAUAGAAAGCCGAGCCCACCCCUUCACUUGACAACGCGACAUCAACCAGGCAGAAAGGCUUUCUUCUCAUCUGUCCAUCCUCCAUCCACCCUGACCUGCUGUGUUGGGGAAACCCCUGAUGAGUGGGACCUGUAUCCAUGAGCCCCGUGCCCCUUCCCCCUCCCUGUCAGGCUUCAGUACCCCCAUCUCAGAACCUCCCUAUCGAAGACUCGAUGGAGACACCCCUGCCUGCACCCCUGAAACUGACCUGACCCCCACACAGUGUGUCCUUCGUAACGUAUUGUCCAUUGACACCGGCGGCCAGGGAGUGCCCGGCGGAAGCAGCCCCACUCCCAGUGAUGGACCCUCAGCCCACUUUGACAACAGCGUGCUAAAACUAAAUGAACAUGAGGCCUGCCAGUGUGGCGGCGGGGCCGAGGCGGGCCACAGUCCGGAGGCUGGCGCUGUUCGGAGCCAGUCGGAGAACAUUCGCCUACAAUCAGGAAGUGGAGGUUUUUUGGAGGGACUGUUUGGCUGCCUGAAACCAGUCUGGACCAUGAUUGGAAAGGCCUACUCCACUGAACACAAACAUAAUCACGAAGAGUCCUGGGAGGUUCCAUUUGAGGAAAUCUCUGACCUGCAGUGGGUGGGCAGCGGUGCACAGGGGGCCGUCUUCCUUGGCAAGUUCCACGGAGAAGAGGUGGCUGUGAAGAAAGUGCGGGACAUCAAAGAGACUGAGAUCAAACAUCUCCGCAAACUCAAGCAUCCCAACAUUAUUACUUUCAAGGGUGUAUGCACCCAGGCUCCCUGUUACUGUAUCUUGAUGGAAUAUUGUGCUCAAGGGCAGCUGUAUGAGGUGCUGAGGGCAGGCCGUAAAAUCACACCUUCCCUCCUGGUUGACUGGUCCAUGGGCAUUGCAGGUGGCAUGAACUACCUACACCUCCACAAAAUCAUCCACAGAGACCUCAAGUCCCCCAACAUGCUGAUCACACAUGAUGACCUGGUGAAGAUCUCUGACUUCGGGACUUCAAAGGAGCUCAGUGACAAGAGCACCAAGAUGUCGUUUGCCGGCACUGUAGCCUGGAUGGCUCCUGAAGUUAUUCGGAAUGAGCCGGUGUCAGAAAAGGUGGACAUCUGGUCCUUUGGAGUGGUGCUCUGGGAAAUGCUUACAGGAGAGAUCCCUUAUAAAGACGUCGACUCAUCUGCAAUCAUCUGGGGUGUGGGAAACAACAGCCUUCAGCUGCCCAUACCGGAGAGCUGUCCAGAUGGCUUCAAGAUCCUCCUCAGACAGUGCUGGAACUGUAAGCCCAGAAAUAGACCUUCUUUCCGCCAGAUCCUUCUUCAUCUGGAUAUAGCAUCAGCCGAUGUACUGUCGACUCCUCAAGAAACAUACUUCAAGUCUCAGGCUGAAUGGAGGGAAGAGGUGAAGCAGCACUUUGAGAAGAUUAAAUCUGAUGGAACUUGUCUCCACCGACUCGAUGAGGAGCUGAUCAACCGACGCCGAGAGGAGCUCAGGCAUGCUCUGGACAUUCGUGAGCAUUAUGAGAGAAAACUGGAGAGGGCUAACAACCUUUACAUGGAGCUCAGUGCUGUCAUGCUGCAGCUGGAACUGAAAGAGAAAGAGUUGCAGAGGAGAGAACAGUCUUUGGAUAAGAAGUAUCCAGGCUUGUUCAAGCACCAUAGUUCCAGACAGAGCAGCUCGUCAAAUUCCAUGGACAAACUCAUCAAGAAGAGAAACGUCCCACAAAAACUUCCCUCGGGAAAGAGGCCAGACAUUCUUAAGUCUGAGGUAAUCAUUCCCAAAAUGGACUCCUCCGUAAUGCAAGUCACUAUUCCAGCCUGCCCUAACAGGAGCUCCACUUCUCCCAGCCGGUCUCGGAGGGUAAAGACCCGCCAUCGUAAGCCCGGUAAGGGCAGCAGUGGGGACCUGGCUGGACUUAAAGCCAAUCAAUCCUCCCCUAACCGGGACACAACUGCCCAAGUUAACAGUUCUACCACUAACACCUCGAAGCAGCUCCUGGAGCCUUCUGCAGCCCUGCGGGGCCUCAGUCACGAGCAGCAGCAGAGGCAGCUAUCCUCCUCCAGCCCUGACCUCAUCUGCACCACGCUAGAGGCAGACAGCCAAGGAAAAGGCGAGCCCUCUGUGGGUGGGCUGGAGAGAGGAGGGAGCCUUAGUGCCUCUGCCGGUUUAGGGGGGUCAGAGGGAGGGGCGGCCGGUCUGGACGAUCUCACAGAAACCCCCCCACGCAGUGACACUCCCAGCGAGGAUGCCGCAUCAUUCCCGUUCUCCAGCAGCCCGGACUCACCGUGUGGGAGGGGGGCGGCAGCAGGACGGGGCUCUCUGGGAUCUCCACGCCUUCCUCAUGAUGGGGAAGAUAAAGAGGAGGGAGCAGGUGUUGUGAGGCUGCCCCGGGGAGCAUCAGGUGGAAUCGGGAGUCAGCACCUCACACCUUCAGCCAUUCUGUACAGGGCAGCUAUCACACGCAAACAGAGGCGUGGAGUGUCAUCAGAAGAGGAGGAGGGUGAAGUUGACAGUGAGGUUGAGUUACCACGGAGACGACGCCCGACCAGCAUUACCAAGUGCCAGUCGGUGUCUACAUUCAGUUCAGAAAAUCUGUCUGUAUCGGACGGUGAAGAGGGCCACACAACUGACCACUCUCACAGCGGUACUCCUGAUGUUGUCAGCACUAACACCGACGACAGGUUGGAUGACCGCAGCGACGACCUCCUCUCUCAGGGGUCGGAAAUCCCUGUGGACAACACCGACCCUGCCCAGGCUUCUGAUGGCCUGUCGGAGAGAGACGGAGUUCUGGGCCAGUCCAAGGCUCAGCUGGAUGCCGGGCAGAAUCCUAAUGAGAGUCGAGCCUUGUGCGAUGAUUCUGACUGCGACAGUGCUGAGCUGGAUCAGUCAGGUAGUGGCGAGCUCAGCCGUCCUCCCAGUGCCGGAGCGUGGGCGCCGCCAUCUCAACCUUAUCAGGGGUCUCCACAGGCUCCCCAUACAGGACCUCCAUAGAUCACUGGACACUAGGAAAGAUCCCGCUACUCUACAGUGAGCAACCAUCACAGGCGUACACCGGUCUGUCAGUGCAGUACAUUACUGUUGUCAUGAGGGAUCACACCUACUACACCACUCAGACUAUGACAAGUUGACUUAUGGUGUCUCAUAAGUUUGUUGGCUGGCAAACCUGCACCAGAUGACAUAGGACAUUUGUCAUAUCCUGACUUCAGAUAUUUUGGCAGCUUGUGACAUCAGAUAAAUGUCAUUUAGGUUCAGUAGGGUUUGAUAUUUUUUUUCUUUCAGGCAGGAUAGUUCCAGUUUGCAAAAACCCUUCCACAGAUGCACACGCACGCACAAGAAGAUACCACACUCUUAGUCCUUUAAACACUCUAACCUUCACUCUGGGAGCAUCCUCCAUGGUACUCCACACACUAAUGCAUUAAAUACUAAUGAAUAAUAAAUGUAAAUAUCCAUGACAUACCACAUGAGAAAUAUCUAACUUUAUUUUAUUUGUAAGAUAAAAAUGUAAGACUUAACAGUAUGCAGCCCUGUGAACAAAAUGCAUGACUACAUGUUUAUAAUUUAUGGUUCGAAUGUGUCCGUUUUAUAUUUUGUGAAAGUUUACACUUUUUUAAUCCUGAAAGUAUUAAUUGAGUUUUUUUCUCUUUUGUUAAUAAAUGUUAUCACUAAAAAAUAAAAGUCAAAAAUGGAAUGAAAAUACUCACAUCGAUCGAUCAUGAUGCAUAAUUUGGGUUCUCAGUAGCUAAAAUUUUAUUUAUUUUUUAAACCCUCCUACUACUGAGUUUCAAAUACACAUAUGACACACUCGAGGUUUUUAUAGAGUUUCUAAAAAAUUUUGAUAGGAUGGGAGGUCUUUUGGUUCACUCGAAAUGCACCUCUGCUAUUGUAUAUACACUCAGUUAACCAGCUUAUUUAGUACAUCGAGCUAAAAUUCUUGCAAAGACUUCCUUGCAGCACUUUAUGGGGUUUCUGUUGAAACUGUUUUAAAAAGCUGUGGAUUCAAGUGGAAUAUCAUUGUGGAGAAUGUAAUUUGUUUGUGGUGUGGGUAAACUAUAUUUCACUAAAGUUGUGCUUGUCAUUUAGCCGGGGUGUAUAAAAUUAUGUAGAAGCGUUUUGGAGGUACCGUCGCCACAAACUGACACAACCAGUUGAAUCAGACCCUCCCUAAAACAGUUUUAAUAUAAACUCAACAUUCUAACCUCCAGUAAGGUAGCAUUUAUUGCAGGACUGUUGCAUAAGACUGCAUUUGUUUUAGCUAUUUGUUCUUAAUAAACUGGCAACAUAUUACUGCUAUACCAUUUUAUGACAUUACUGGUGCUAGCAAUGCCUGCUUUUAACCAUUUCAGCAGUUAAGUGCAGAAGAAAUCCACUGUUUUAACACCAAACUGUAGCGCAAUGAAUGGAGUCGGACUAGUUUUAAAAUGUAAUUAGAACAGACGAAUCAUUUUCUUUUUCUACUUCUCAGUUGUUAAAGGCUUAUAUUCCACCUUUGGCAACAUAACAGUUGGCCAGAGAGCUAGGUGUUCUUGUUAGCAGCUGAUACCUUUGAAAUGAGAUUUCUGGCCUUCUGCAGCUAUUUCUUCUUCUGCGUUCACCCCACUACAUGACUUGCUGAACCAGAAUUAGAAUGGCUACAUGUGAUAGUUUUCUUUGAUGCUAACUAAAAGCGCGCCCUUGAGGUAGUGUCUUGUUUAAGUAUAGGAUUCUGCAUUCAGGUCAUACUGAAUAAAUCGUAACUAUGUGCAGACAUGCAUGGAAAACUCCUGACGGUUGACCUAAUGUGGAGUCAUAAAGAGCUUGAUUUAAGCCUGUUGGUGUGACUACAUGGUUUAGCACCAGAGGUGGGGAUCGCACAGUAUAUUACCGUAAGAUACAAUCAUGAUACCAGUUGUAUCGCGAAACAUUCUGCAAUACUUAAUAUAUUGCAAGACAAUCAUCUAUGAUACAGGAUCAUAUCUGUGUAAAUCAGAAAGAACUAAAGAAAAAAAAUACCCCUAAAAAAAUAUCAAUCAUUCACUUGUUUUUAGUGUUUCUAAUAAUUAGCUUUAUUACUUUAAUAAAGUGUCCGUUUAUUUGAGUAGCUAUAUGAUUUGCUUUCCUCUUGUUAUUUCUCCUAAGUUUCUUUUCAUUCGAUAAGCGGCAUCAUGAAGAGUCACGAAGGACUCCAGUGUGUCAAACGACUGAGCAAAAUUCAGUUACAGCGCCUGCAUAUGUAAUUUAAAAAAAUGCUGAUAUUUGUGGCGUUCAAAACGGGCAAAAAUCUCAGCUUUGCGGUGCUUCUAAAGUAACUAAUGUUGGAUCACUAAAUAAACUACAAAUAGUAGCCCGGUGUGUGCACGUUCUGUGUGACAGACCUCACUAUUCAUUAGGUGGUCCAACAUGCUGGCUCACAAAGCAGCGCACUUAAAAAUAAAUAAAUAAAUCAUCCAUUACACACGGUAGCUUCUUUCAAACUAGUUCAUCUUUGUUUAGCGUUCUUUCAUCAGGCAUAGUUUGCACAAUACUGCACUAUACCCCAUGGAGGUUUGGUGGCAAAGUGCACAAGAGAUUAUAUUAUGCAUAGAUAUAAAGGAAAAUAAAUAAGACUUAUCACAUCAAAAAUGUAAUAUUAUUGUUUUAAAUACUGGUAAAUAUAUUAGUGACCCUUACAGAUGUGAUUUUUUUUGCCUCUUUAAAGAGAGCCCCCACCUAACUCGAACCCAGGACAUUUGGUUCCAGUGCAUCUUUGACUUGUAAGAGAAAGCAAUUUGAUUUGUUGCUUGAUGUGUAAAUGCAGCAGAAAACCGAAAAGCAGCAGCUCUCAUCCACGAAACCUAAAUAGAGACUGAUUUGUGAAAUCGGUGGAGUACCAUGCAGUAAUGAACCAAAAGGCCUCCGGUUGUUCAGGAUGUUGGCAGGCUUCAUAAAAACCUCAUCUGUUCCUUUUACCCUUUAAGAUUACUGCAGAAGUACCCAGAUAAAGAAUAGAGCACUUCUCUGUGAUGGUUACUAGUAGAACAGUAAGUAUCCUUUGGGUUUGAAUAGAAAUGUUUUGUUUUUAUACAGCAUUGCACAUUGUACUUGUAACAUAGGAAUUAUAUCAAAAGCAAAAUAUUAUGAGCAACAAUAAAUAAUGUAUUGGUUACAAAAAACAAAGCUGGGUGUGAUGUUUGUUUUAAAAGACAGGUCAUGCUAUAGCUACAGUUUGUGCUGUCGUUGCAUCACGAAGAUGGUUCAACAAGAAAUAAAUGACUAUUUUCAAUCACUUUAAGCAUGUCCAAAGUGUGCCCGUGUUAAUUUAUGACAAAUUUGCUUGCUCGCCUCUGUACACCACAGUGCAUUUUAUAUCAUAAUGUAGUAUAGACUCGAGGGGUUUAACAAAAGUAUUGACCUCAACAUCAAGCUGAAGACAUUUUGCAAAUGGGAUAACUCAAGAAGGAUGUCACCUAGCAUUUUGAAACCGAUACCAUAGGUGCAUCUACUUGGGAGGCUGAGGGGAAGCACUGACCAGUAUUUUC